AAAAACAGAACAAAACAAUACGGAAGUAAAACGGUAGGGAGAGUUUGUUUGGGUUUGUUUGUCCUCGUCCGCGAAAACAUACAUGCUGAAUACCCAACUUUCAGUCGACUAAAACAUGUCUAAACUCCAGUCGUUUCGUGUGUUUUUAAAUGAGCGUUUAACGGCGGCAGCUGUGGAGAUUUUCGGGGCAGUUGAAGAAACGGUAGCGGAGUACCACGAGGAGAAUGAUCGGUUACGGAGACUGCUGCGGAUCACACCGGAGAUAAAACUAUGUAGGAUAGACUCCCUGCAGCUCUCUGUCUCUGAGGAGGAGGUUCUCCCUGAGCAGCAGCACUGUGAGCAGGAGUGGAGCCCCAGUCUGGGGCAGGAGAACCCAGAGCUUCCACAGAUUAAAGAGGAACAGGAGGAACUCAGGACCAGUCAGGAGGAAGACCAGCUUCAAGGGCUGGAGGCUGAUUUCAAAAUCACUCCUUCCUGUGUGAAAAGUGAAUGUGACCAGGAGGACCCAUUUCAGUCCUUCACUUCUCCCCAAACCCAGACUGUGGAGAACAGAGAGAGUGAUCCUAAACAAGUGGUUCUCACACCUUUUGUUACUGUGACCCACCUUAAGGGUCUCAACAUUCCCUGUGACCCUCCAGAUAAUCAAAACAAUGCCUCCAGCCACAGCUCCACCUUAAGCAGCGACCCAGCGGCACUUGACAGCAGCCCAUCGUUGGAUCCCAGCCCAUCGAUGGCGGAACAUUCUUCCAGCACGUCUAGAAAAACUCACCACUGCUGUGAAUGUGGUGAAAACUUUGCUCUGAAAGCUGACCUGCAGAGGCAUAUGACUCUCUACAAGAAGAGACUCCGUGAAUGCAGUUUCUGCAGAAAACGCUGCACCUCCACCUGUAAACUAAAGGCCCAUAUCCGCCUCUGUCACAGUGGGAGACCCUGCACCUGCCCUGUUUGUGCCAAGACCUUCAAACUCAAAGGAUAUCUGUCCAAGCACAUGAGGAUUCACACAGGAGUGGGAGAGAAACCAUUUAGCUGUGGAGACUGUGGGAAAAGCUUUAAUUUGAAGGGGAACCUAAAGAACCAUAUGUUGACUCACACAGGAAAUAAAUCAUUUAGCUGUGGAGACUGUGGGAAAAGCUUCAUUCAUAAGUGGAACCUAAGGAGCCAUAUGCUGACUCACACAGGAGAGAAAGCAUUUAGCUGUGGAGACUGGGAAAAGCUUCAAUCAGGAGGGGAACCUACGGAUCCAUAAACGGACUCACACAGGAGGGAAACCAUUUAGCUGUGAUAACUGUGGGAAAAGCUUUAAUCAGAAGGGGUCCCUAAAGAAGCAUAAACUGACUCACACAGGAGAGAAACCAUUUAGCUGUGGUGACUGUGGGAAAAGCUUCAAUCAGAAGGGGAACCUAAGAAACCAUAAACUCACUCACACAGGAGAGAAACCAUUUAGCUGUAAUGAUUGCGGGAAAAGCUUCACUCAAAAGUCUAACUUACUGACGCAUGUGAAAAAAAUACACAAAGGAGGAAAACAGGAUUAAAACUGAAAGAAAGAACAUUAUGACAAAGAUCUAUUUAGUCACAAGAUGAACUUAAAAAGUCAGGAUGUGGACGAUUCUGAGUACACGCUCAGACAAACAUAGCUGGAAUAAGUAAAUGAAGUCUGAGAGAAUGGUCAGAUUAACUGAUGACUAAAAUAUUAGUGCAGAUGGCAUUGUUUUGUUACGUGCAUAGAUGUAUUAUAGGUAAUGAAUGAGUAGGGAACUUCUGAAAUUCUACAGAUUUUGUGGCACAGCAGGAAUACACACAAACCAAAAAGUAAAAUAAUGGAAUUAAGGAAUAUAUAAAUAUUAGGACGAGCCAUGUCAGAGUGGCAUAGACUAAAAUACACUAGAACAGAAUAUAUUAUAUACAUAUGAGAUGAGUAAAGCUGCAUGUAAAUAUUAGGACGAGCCAUGUCAGAGUGGCAUUGACUAAAAGACACUAGAACAGAAUAUAUUAUAUACAUAUGAGAUGAGUAAAGCAGUAUGUAAAUAUUAUUAAAGUGACUAGUGUUCCAUUAUGCAAGUGGCCAGUGAAUUCAUGUCUAUGUAUAUAGGGCAGCAGCCUCUAAGGUUCAGGGUUAGGUAACUGGGUGGAAGCCGCCUAGGGGAACAUUCUCAAAUAUGUGGGUGUAAAACACUGUUAAAAGCACUGUUUGUGUAGGGGUGGCUGUCCCUAGCAUUGCCAAAAGACAAAGAGCUGUGACUGGAUCAGUGGUUCACCAAUCAGGGCCUUGAUGGGCUUGGCAACAGUAACAAAGGGUGAUGUGUAAUGAAACUAGGGUGCGUGUGCCCUGGGUAAACAAUUUUUUUGGGGGGGGGGAUUGGGCAUUUCUUUAUGAGCAUCGGGUAACGUCCUCGGAACAAACCGGGAACUAGACAAAAACCUCCAGGAGAGAGCAUGGCACAACGUCCCAUGAACCUUUAGGGACCAUGACACAACAUCCCAAUAAUUCCUUAAAAACGUCCUCGAGACCAGCCAGGAAUUAGACAGAUCCUCUAGGGAACCAUGACACAACGUCCUGACGACUUUAGGCGACCAUUUUGUGACAUCCUGGGAGGUCCCAACGACUCAUUGUUUACAUGGAAGUUAUGUUAUUCAUUAAACAAGUAACAUUUACUUUUUUUAUUAACCCAUGUUUUUUUUACAGUUUUUCUGCUACAAAAGUGUGCAAUGCUGUGAUCAAGGCAAAAGGGGGGCUACUUUGAAGAAUCUCAGAUAUAAAAUAUAUUUUGAUUUGUUUAACACUUUUUUUGGUUACUACAUGAUUCCAUAUGUGUUAGUUCAUAGUUUUGAUGUCUUCACUAUUAUUCUACAACGUAUAAAAUAGAACAAAUAAAACCCGCAGGAAUUAGUAGGUCUGGUACUGUACAGUCGGCCAAAAGGUUUGAGAAUGACACAAAUAUUAAUUUCACAAAGUUUGCUGCUUCAGUGUCUUUAGAUAUUUUUGUCAGAUGUUACUAUGGAAUACUGA